AUGGCCGAUAAUUUAAUAUCCAUAGAAGAAGGAAGACCCAACAACAUUGAAGAUGAUACUGCUAGGUUAUUACCCGACUCUGAUAAUCAAAAAAAAUCAACUAAUAGUAAUACAAAACGUUUAGUGACAAGUAUAAUUAUCAGUAUUUAUAUUGUUUGGGCUUGUAUAGUUUUAUUUGUUAUUAGAUCUGGUAUUUCGGAAGAAGCAGUUGCAUCCGAAGAAAUACAUUGUUCUCAAAUCGGUGUUGAUGUAUUGAAGGAAGGUGGAUCGGCUAUGGAUGCAACAAUUGCGACUCAAUUAUGCAUUGGUACCAUAAAUGCAUUUUCUUCCGGUAUUGGAGGUGGGGGAUUUUUAUUAGUCAGAGAUUCAAAUGGAACUUUAGAAACAUUAGAUUUUCGUGAAGUAGCACCGUUGGCGUCAUAUAAAACAAUGUUUGUGAAAAAUCCCGAAUUGGCCAAAUUUGGUGGUCUUAGUGUUGGUGUGCCUGGUGAAGUGCUUGGAAUGGAGAUAGCACACAAAAGAUAUGGGAAAUUACCAUGGAAAAGACUUUUUGAACCAUCAAUCAAGUUAAGUAGAGAAGGAUUUAAAGUACCAUCUGAAUUGGCCAAUAGAUUAUCAUAUUCAGCAAUAUAUGCACCAAAUGGAAAAUUGUUGGGUGAAGGAGAUCUUUUGAUUAGAAAAAAUUAUUCUGAUACGUUGGAAUCAAUUGCAAAUAAUGGGUCUUAUCCACUUUAUUAUAAUCCUAUAUAUGAUGUGGUAGAAGAUCAUGGUACAACACAUAUAUCAGCUAUUGAUAAAAACAAUCAAUCUGUCUCAUAUACUUCAACUGUAAAUUUGGUUUGGGGCUCAAGAGUAAUGGAUCCAUCAACAGGAAUAAUACUAAAUGAUGAAAUGGAUGAUUUUUCUAUCCCUGGUGUGACAAAUUAUUUUGGUUUAAAACCAUCUCCUUUUAAUUUUGUUGAACCUAAAAAGAAGCCUUUGUCGUCAUGUUUGCCUGUAAUUAUUGAAACAGAUGGUCAAGUGGAAACUAUAUUAGGUGGUUCUGGUGAUGGUCAAGUGGAAACUAUAUUAGGUGGUUCUGGUGGUUCAAGAAUCAUUUCAUCAGUCCUACUGUAUAUAUUAAAUAUUUAUGACUUUGACAUGAAUGUAUUAGAAGCAAUCAAUCAACCCAGAGUUCAUCAUCAAUUAGUGCCAAAUCUUGUAUCAGUUGAAGCAGAUUUUUCAAGGCUUUUAUUAGAUCAGCUUAUACUAAAAGGACAUAAUAUAACAAUGGAUGAACCAUUUGGUUACUCUCAAGUACAAGCUAUUAGAAAAUUUAAAAAUGGAGUAAUUCAUGCUGCAAGUGACUAUAGAAAAAAUGGCGUGGCAGCAGGAUAUUAA